AUGACGAUACCAAACUCCUAUGUGAGUGUGGUGGCUGAGGAGAAGCAAGAGGAGGAGCCAGGCGCAGCUGGUAAUGGCGGCGCCGUGUUUGUGGAGGACGAGAACUUCAACUUUCACAUCAACACCAGCAGUAGCAGCAAGAGCGACGGUCAACAGCAGACACGCGUGCUCUUCAACGGUGUGGAUGUUGUGUCAAGGCUCAACAGCCUGUCGCAACGGCUGGAUCACCUGCAGGCUGUGCUGGACAACGCGUCGGCAACGCCAGUAGCGGAGCCGGUGUGCCAUGAAACGACCCUUGACAUCACGACGGCGACAGGCCUGGGUCAGCCUUGCUGCAAGUGGACAAGCGCUGUGCUUGCAAGCAACGGCAAAAUGUACGGCAUCCCAUUCUCGGCUGCAUCUGUGCUUGUGUUUGACACUGCCACGCUGGAGUUUGACAUCCUCCCGCUCAGCCCACCCCCAAUCUCCCAGGGGCUGUGGUGGGGCGGGGUGCUUGCAGGCAACGGCAAAAUCUACGGCAUUCCGAGCGUUUCGCAGUCCGUGCUCAUCUUCGACCCUGCCACCAACACAACCGACACAACAAGCAUCAGCGGGCUGCCAGAGGGCCUGGGGAAAUGGAUUGGCGGUGUUCUGGCGGACAACGGCAAGAUCUACGCUGCACCUGCCAGAUUCGAGGCUGUGUUGGUGAUUGACCCCGUCCUCAACACAGCGGACACGACAACGCUUGGUUCGCUUCCCUUGCUAGGAUACGCAUGGGAAGGAGGUGCAAAGGCUGACAACGGUCUCCUGUUCUUCUGCCCAUCCACCAGCCCCUCUGUACUCAUCGUCGACCCGGAAGCCAACACCACAGAUGCAACAUCCUUAAACGGGUUCCAAGGAACGUCUCGUAAGUGGACUGACGUGGUGCUGGCAGGCACUGGGCUCCUGUACUGCAUCCCGCAAUAUGCCACCACGGUGCUCAUCAUCAACCCGGACACGCUGGCGUACGACAUGACGUCCAUCACAUUCACGGCGGACCCGCAGUGGGCUGUCGGCGUGCUUGCAGGCAACGGCAAAAUCUAUGGUGUGCCUGACUCUGCGCUCACUGUGUUGGAGAUUGACCCAGGCACAAACACUUCAACACAGAUUGCGCAGGCUGGUUCUGGGGCACAGCGGUGGUACGGUGCAGGCGUUGGCGUGGAUGGGCGUGUGUUUGGCAUUCCAUUUAACGCAGAUCGCAUCAUCAUCAUCGACCCAGCCUCAUGCGACCAAUUAUAG